UAGAUGGGAAUAUGCUGGCUGCGGCUGCUGGUCUUUUGAAGGUUUUUAGUUGCGCAGACCAUACUAAGAUACAAAAGUUCUCCGGGCAUCCGGUUUCUGUAAGAUGCAUGAUCUUUAGUGAAGAUGGAAAGUCUGUACUAACUUCAGGAGUUGGUGAAAGACACAUUGCUAUAUGGAAAAUUGAUGGAACAAAAAAGAAAAGCGCGAGCUGUGUUCUUUUAAUGGAGCAUCCCGCCAUUUUUCUUGACAGUCGUGGCUCGAAUCAUGAGGAUUUGAAGCUUCGAGGUUUAUUCGUUCUUGCACUUUCAGAGAUUGGUGUUUGUUAUUUCUGGCAUGGAAAUCACAUUGAGGAACUACCAAAUGCGAGGCCUACGAAAAUUUCGCCAGAAAUUGAAUCUUUUCCAUCAAAGGGCAACAAUCGAGCAAUAUUUGCUGCAAAACUUGAUAGAAUAGUUCGAUCUAGUGUUGGAUCUGUGCGGGUUGCCCAUGGAUCUUUGAUAAAGCCAUCUUUUGAGAAACUUAUAGUCGAACACGGCGUCGACAUUAGCUUGAAUACAUCGAAGGAGGGUCUUCUUUUUCAUGUUGGUCUGUCUCACAUCUCGAGUAAAGAGAAAGUGGUUAAUGCUAAAGGUAUGAUAUCCCUCAAAAACUAAAUGAAUUUUCGUGCU